AUGCAGCAUCACAUCCACAUGAACUCGUACACCACUCGCACUCUUACUACCACUCGCACUCCACGUACUACUACAGUUAAUUAUGCCACUCACAACUCGUACUACCACUCGCACACGAAUUACCACUCGCACCGAGACUACCACUCGCAUCGUACAAACGCACUUCGCACCACUACUACUACCCGCACUCGUACUACAACAACUCGCACUCGUACUCCUGACUCGAACGAACUACGUUACACUCGUACUACUACUGGUAAUUCCACUCAUACCGACUACCACUCGCACUCGACCUACCACUACCACUUCUCGCGACUCAUACUACCACUCGGCACUCGUACUACCACACGCACUCAUGUACUACCACACUCGACUGCAUUCUACUACCACGGUCGAACUACUACAACUCGCAGAUGUACUACCCACUCCGCACUUAUUCAACUACGCACUCAAACUACUACUUGCAACUCGAACUACGACUCGCACUCGUACUACUACUCGCCACAGUACUACUACAACGUGUCGCACUCAUACUUAAAACUCGCACUCGUACUAACACCAUUCGUACUACUACUCGCACGUCGUACAACAACUUGCACUCGUACUACAACUCGCACUCGUACUAACUACUCGCACGUCGCCACCUCCAGUACCUCCCCCACCAACACGACCACCCCCCCACUCGCCCACGUGGUCCGCGCUGGACCCCGGCGUCGGUACACCUGCGCGACGGUGCGCAUAUCGCCCGAACGCGACACCAGACCCAUGCGAAACCCCUUAGACGGGCUGCACUACCACCCGCCACGCGACUACGUCCUCUAUCCGCAUAAAGCACACCCGGGCGUCGACAACCUCCCCCGGGAAACACUCGAGCUCACCGGCCUCGUACUACCGACUCGACUCAUACUACUUAAACACUCACAUCGUACUACUACCAUACUACUACAAACUAGUACUACUAGUCCACUCGACUACUAUCGUGACUACUACUUACCACACUCGUACUACUACUGGAUUAAUACAGCACUCUCGUACUCGCACUCGUACAACCACUCGCACUCAUACGACUACACACUCACGUACUACAAACAAUACAACUACUCGCUACUCGCGUACUACAACUCGCACUCGUACUACACUGUUAAUUCCACUUAUACUCGUACUCCCAACACGCACGUCGUACUAACCACUCGCACUCUAUAA